AUGGAGAAAAACGAGGCGAAUGCGUAUGAUGAUGAUGAUGAUGAUUUGGGGAAGCCAGGUGUUGGUGGUGUUGGUGUUGGUGUUACCUUGGGAGGCAGCAGCAGCAGGGCCACCGCCAACCGGGAUAAUAAAGAAGUUGGGAAGUCGACCCCCCGCAAGGAGGAGGAGGAGGAGGAAGAAGAGGACUACUACAACUACUCAGAUCGGGAAGAUAAUGGCGGUCUGGCCGUGGCUAUGGCUGUGGGGAGGAGGAAAAGGAAGCCCCGACGGAGGCGAUCCUCCUCCUCCCUCUUCAACCUCCUCCUCCUGCCUCCUGCUUUCUCUUCUUCCGUCCCCUCCCACGCGCGGCCUCCCCCUCCCGCACGUGGAAUUGAUCCGACAACAUUGAGGUUUCUUUUUGAAAAGGAACUUCAGGCGAGUGAUGUAGGCGCCCUCAGGAGAAUGAUAGUUCCAAAGAAAGCAGCAGAGUCUUACCUUCCUAUCCUCACAGACAAAGAAGGACUUUUUAUCAGCAUGAACGAUAUGGACGGUGUCCAUGUUUGGAGUUUCAAGUUCAGAUACUGGCCGAACAACACCAGCCGAAUGUAUGUACUCGAAAAUACUGGUGAAUUCGUCGGCACACAUGGCUUAAAGCAGGGAGACUACAUGAUGCUGUAUCAAGAUGACCGAAACCAGAAAUAUGUCAUUCGAGCAAGGAAAGCUUGGGAGGAGGAGGAGGAGGAGGAAGAUUUAUCUACGACUGAUCAUGAUUCAGCGGUACUGGUAAGCGAUAAUAAUAGUAAUAAAGGCGCGAACGAUCAAUACGAUGAUGAUGAAGAGGAGGAGGAGGAGGAG